GGCAUCAACAGAAAGGUGUGACUGGGAGGAAGUUUCUGGGCCCAGUAGAAAAUGUAGGUAGACUUAGGGUUAGGUAGCAGCUUUCGGGAACUUACCCCUGCUGAUAAGAUCCUGAGGGGCCCUCCAUUGUGACUGUCACCAGAUGGUUAGAACUUGUUUCCUCCUUCAUGUCAGCCAGCAAGAAGUGAUCAGGGGGCUGUGACCAACAGGACGUCACUGUCCAGCAGAUCAGUAGGAGAGCCAAGUAACGUAGGUCUCCUGUGACUUCUGAGUGCCUGCCUGUCAGCUUCUUCUCCACCUCAUUCUCAUCACUCACAGUCUCCCACUGGCUUGGAACCUGGCGACCCAUUCCAUCUAGAUGGUAAACCAUUACUAAGGAAUACUAUUUUGUAGUGGUCAGUGCUUAAUGGAGCGUAAGAUUGAUAUUGAUGAUGUGGCUGCAAUAAACCCAGAACUCUUCCAGCUUCUUCCCUUACACCCGAAGGACAAUCUGCCUCUGCAGGAAAAUGUAACGGUCCCGAAGCAAAAACGCAGAUCGGUCAACUCCAAAAUCCCAGCUCCCAAAGAAGGUCUUCGAAGCCGGUCCACUCGCAUGUCCACUGUCCCAGAGGUUCGAAUUGCCACUCAGGAGAAUGAAAUGGAGGUGGAGCUGCCUGUGGCUACAAACUCUAGAAAGCAGUUUUCAGUUACCUCCAGCUUCCCUAGGCCCUCCUGCCCUGCAGUGACAGAAUUACCAUUGUCGAUGGUCAGCGAGGAGACAGAAGAGCAAGUCCACCCCACCCGAAGCAUGUCUUCUGCAAACCCUGGAAAUUCAGUUCGGAGGAAAUCAUGUAUUGUGAAGGAAAUGGAAAAAAUGAAGAACAAGCGGGAAGAGAAGAGGGCCCAGAACUCGGAAAUAAGAAUAAAGCGAGCUCAGGAAUAUGACAGCAGCUUUCCAAACUGGGAGUUUGCCCGGAUGAUUAAAGAGUUUCGGGUUACUAUGGAAUGUCACCCACUUACUGUGACUGAUCCUAUUGAGGAACACAGGAUCUGUGUCUGUGUUAGGAAGCGCCCACUGAAUAAACAAGAACUGGCCAAGAAAGAAAUCGAUGUGAUUUCUGUUCCCAGCAAGUGUUUCCUCUUUGUGCAUGAACCCAAAUUGAAAGUGGACUUGACAAAGUAUCUGGAGAACCAGGCAUUCUACUUCGACUUUGCCUUCGAUGAAACAGCUUCAAAUGAAGUUGUCUACAGGUUCACAGCAAGGCCACUGGUGCAGACGAUUUUUGAAGGGGGAAAAGCAACUUGCUUUGCCUAUGGGCAGACAGGCAGUGGGAAGACUCACACAAUGGGUGGAGACCUGUCUGGGAAAUCUCAGAAUGCAUCUAAAGGGAUCUACGCAAUGGCUUCCCGGGAUGUCUUCCUUUUGAAGAGUCAGCCUCGCUACCGGAACUUAAACCUGGAAGUUUAUGUGACAUUCUUUGAGAUCUACAAUGGGAAGGUGUUUGAUCUGCUCAACAAGAAAGCCAAGUUACGUGUACUGGAAGACAGCAAGCAGCAGGUGCAGGUUGUGGGACUGCAGGAGUACCUGGUUAACUGUGCUGAUGAUGUCAUCAAGAUGCUCAACAUGGGCAGCGCCUGCAGGACUUCUGGACAAACAUUUGCCAACUCCAAUUCCUCCCGCUCCCAUGCCUGCUUCCAGAUUCUUCUUCGAGCCAAAGGGAGAUUACAUGGCAAAUUCUCUCUGGUAGAUCUGGCAGGGAAUGAACGAGGGGCCGACACUUCUAGUGCUGACCGGCAGACUCGCAUGGAGGGUGCAGAGAUUAACAAGUCUCUCCUAGCUCUGAAGGAGUGCAUCAGGGCGCUGGGACAGAACAAGGCUCACACCCCAUUCCGUGAGAGCAAGCUGACCCAGGUGCUGAGGGACUCGUUCAUUGGCGAGAACUCAAGGACGUGCAUGAUUGCCAUGAUCUCACCAGGCAUAAGCUCCUGUGAAUACACGUUGAACACGCUGAGAUACGCAGACAGAGUCAAGGAGCUGAGCUCCCACAGCGGGCCCAGUGGAGAGCAGCCAACUCAAAUGGAGACAGAGGAGAUGGAGGCCUGCUCUAAUGGAACCUCGCUGGCAGUUGAUUUCACCAAGGAAGAGGAGGAGCUGUCUUCUCAGAUGUCCAGCUUUAAUGAGGCCAUGACUCAGAUCAGGGAGCUGGAAGAGAGGGCCAUGGAGGAGCUCAAGGAGAUUAUACAGCAAGGACCAGGCUGGCUUGAGCUCUCUGAGAUGACCGAUCAGCCCGACUAUGACUUGGAGACCUUUGUGAGCAAAGCAGAGUCUGCCCUGGCUCAGCAGGCUAAGCACUUCUCCGCCCUGCGAGAAGUCAUCAAGGCCCUGCGCCUGGCCAUGCAGCUGGAAGAACAGGCUAGCAAGCAAAUGAGCAGCAGGAAACGGCAUCAGUGAUGACUUCAAAUAAAGAUCUCUUUGGUGUCA